AUGGUUGACGCGAUUCAAAAACUUAAAAAUGAUAUAGCUUUAAACAAUGUUGUGAUAUUUAUUGGCCGAGCUGUAUCUAUUUAUACAACAAACGAUGAACAAAAAGUACCUGAUUGGAAAGCAUUAGUGAAACAUGGAUUAGAACAAUUUUACCACUCAGGAUGGAUGAAUGGCGAAGAAGUUGAGAGUUUCAAAAUCAAGUUCGAUAAUGGCACGGCAGAAGUCGAUGACUAUUUACUUGCUGCUGAUCAAAUAAAGGCUUAUUUCCAGAUGGAAAACGAUGAGACAAAUGAAGAUCUUUUCAAAACAUGGUUAAAAGAAACUAUGAGGAAUAUAUCAGCUAAAAGAUUGGAACUUAUUAAAACUAUUGGAGAAUUAGAGUGUCCAAUUUUAACAACCAACUAUGACUCAUCGCUUGAAGAAGUACUUGAUAAAAAAUUAUUAAGUUGGAAUGAAUAUUAUACGAAUAGUAUUGAUCAUUCAUUAGAGAACUUCAAAGAUUAUAUUCUACAUAUAUAUGGACAUUGUGGCGAUAUAGAUAGUUUAAUUUUCAGUAGCUAUGAUUAUUCUCAACUUCUUGAAAAUAAAUCUAAGUUAUCAAGACUGAGAGAAAUUAUCAAAACAAAAACGUUGCUAUUUAUCGGAUAUGAUAGUGAAAUGUCUGAUCCGACUUUUCAUAAUCUUCUAAAAUGGAUAUUUUAUAUAACAGAUGACAAACCAUCGGCUAUGUAUAAACUUGUUAAAUCCAAUAAGAAUAAUAUCUUUCAUCAUAUAUCAAACAUUUCAUUUUUGAAUAUGAUUAAAGAAGUUCAAUAUGGUAACAACGCAGAAGAUUUAAUACAAUUUGUGAAAAAUCUUAAAUCAUUUACAUCAUUAAUACGUGAAAAUUUAUCAUUAAUCAAUAACAAAGAAUUUGUUCGGAAAAAAUAUUUGAAUUAUCUUAUCAAUGAAUAUGCAUAUGUAUCAAUUUUCGGAUAUUCUAAUACUAACAUGAGUUUACCUUUGGAAAGUGUUUAUGUUGAAUUAAAAUUCGAUCCCACACAUCCAUCAAUUAGAGCAAUGCAAAUGUUGGAAAUUACUGAAGAAUUUAAACGUAAACUUUUCUCUCCUGGCUUUUUUAAUGAAUAUGAAAGACAGAAACUGAAUAGAGCUAUCCUAGAGAAAAAUGCUUUUAAUUCUGAAAUAUGUGGUAGAGACUUCAUGAUUGAUCAAUGGUUAAACAUCUUGUUAAACAACAAAAACAUAUUUACUGAUAAUGAAGUAGAAACUAUCAAAACUAAAAUGAAUCGGUUAAAGAAAAGUAUUCUGGAACAAAAUAAUUUUAAUGAAGGAAGACAAUAUCGAAUUCAACAAGCAUACAAUAAAUUUAAACAUUUCAUAGUUUUAGGGCAUCCUGGUUCAGGUAAAACUACACUAUCAAAAUGGUUGGUUAUCAAUAUGGCUAAACAGUGUUUACAUGAGAAGAAUAUGUUAUUUGAUCAUAUUUAUUCAAAUAAAGAAAAAAUACCAAUUCUAAUUCCAAUAUGGAAAUAUGUUAAUCAAAUAAAAGAAAAUCAUAAUGAAAAAAAAUCUACUUUACUUCAAUUUAUUUAUGAAAAUCCUACUUUUAAUUCAACAUUGUUCAAUAAUGAAGAACAAAUGCAAUUAUCAGAUUUAAUAAAAGAAUCAUUGAUAGAAGGAAAUGUUUUAGUUAUAUUUGAAGGUUUAGAUGAAGUUCCUGUUCAUAUUGAUCAAUCUGAUUUAAUAAAGGAAAUUAAUACAUUAUUAGAACGAGGAAUAGAUUAUGAUGUUAUGUAUGAUAAACUUACUUAUUCAGUUUAUGAACAAAAACAAAUACAUAAUACUAGAGAUCCUAAUAUUGGAAAUCGAUUUAUCAUAACAAGUCGUAUUGAGGGAAAUUAUUUUGAAGAUAUCAAUUUUUUUAUUCCAAGAUUAACUAUUGAAGAUAUGUCUAAUGAUGCUCUCAAAUUAUUUUGUAGCUCAUAUAUGAAAUGUAUAAACGAGAUUUCAGCUGAUAAUAGAAGAUUUGCGAAAGAAACUAAUAUUGAUCAAUUAUAUGAUGAGAUAAUUCAAAACAAAGAUAUUUUCCAUUUGGCAAUUAAUCCACAAUUAGCUAGUGUAAUUGCUGCAGUUUAUAAUCAAUGUGAAAGUCAAUUACCUGAGAAAAGAAUUGAUUUGUAUGAAAAAGCCAUUGAAACAAUGAUAGAACGAUUAGUGAAACUUUAUAUUGAUAGUCCAACAAAUUAUCUGGACAAUAAUUUUCAACUAAAUACUACUAUGCUUUGGUCAAUAUUACAACAGAUAGCUGAAUAUCUUCAUAGUAAAGUUGAAGGUCUAUCAGAGGAAAUGUUAAAAAAAAUAAUAAGAGAAUGUUUAUUAAAUCAUCAAAAGGAAGCAUUACAAAUUCUAGAAGAUAAUAUUGAUGAAUUAAUUACUAAACUUGUAGAUAUUUUUAAAUAUCAAGCUGGUUUACUCAAUGAAUUUGGUCAUAAUAGUUUUCGAUUUAUUCAUCGUACAUUUCAAGAAUAUCUUGCAGCUAAAAAUAUUAUUAUUCGUUAUGGAAUCGAACAAUCUGAAGAUAUGAUCUAUGACAAUAUUCAUAAAAAAAUUAAUAUUCCGAAUUGGAGAGUACCUCUCAGUAUGACAUUAGGAAUUCUAAGUAAAUCAACUGAACAUGAUCUAUUAUUUAACAAUAUUAUUCAAAGAUUAUUAAAAGAUGAAGAAACUUCAUUUAAUAUGAAAUCUUCUACAUUGCUAGUACCAUUUGUUAUCAUUGAUUCAUUAAAUGACAUGUAUUUUUCAUCAAAACAUACCGAACAUGAAUUGAUUCAAUAUUUAGCAGAUAUGCUAUUGUCUGAUUAUGAAAAUAUGUCUGGUUUCUCACGUUUAAAAGAACAUCAGGAAUUGAUUCAAUCCUAUUUUUUAAAAUUGAAAAGAAAAUAUGAUAAUAUAAUGGUAGAAUGGUUUAUUAAACAGAUAAAUCAUGAAGAUCAUGUUGCUGCAUGUGCUAAUAUUAUCUAUCAUAUGAAAUGGUAUAAACGAAAAUUUCAUGAAAUAUUCUUAAAGAAUUUAUACAAUGAUUCUAUAAUUUGGAACUGGUCAAUCGAUUCAAUUUUACGAUUUUAUUCAAAUGACAUUAAAGACGAAUACAUAUUAACUCAGUUAAAAUUUAAAAAUUUGAUAAGAAAACAACCAGAACUAAUCAAUUUUAUCAUAAAUAGUGAUACAUGGCUACCUUUAAUCACAGUUCUUUACGGAGGCUAUAAAAAUUAUAGAACUCAAUCAAGUAUCUCAGAAUAUUAUGAAAUAGCACACUUUCUAGAGUUAAGCUCUAUUGAAAGAACACCAUUCACUUUUUACUAUCAAGAAAUUUGGGAUAGAGAUGAUGCAGCUUAUAGUAUGGCUGUGUAUCUUGAUACAAAAGUAGCCAAGAAUCGUUGGAGUGAAAAGCCAUUAUUUGAUGAAAAUGACAUUUACAAAGAAUCAAUUUUGACGAAUCAAAUUCUAAAACUAUUGCAAGACAAAAAAUCUGCAAGAGAAUUAACAGAAGACUUACGCAAACAAAUUAACAGUCAAAACUUAACGAUUAGUGGAAAAGUAGAAAUAUCUAUCGCGUUAAUUGUUUUAGGUGACUUUGACUUCAUUAAUACUGUCAUAGCACAAAAAGAAGAAACGUUCAUUAAAAACUUGAGAAAUAGAAUCGAACAACUUAUUGAUAUUUUAAAAGAUCCAAUUGCAAGAUGGUCUUCGCAUAUUUCCAACUAUUUACUUGAAAGUUAUAAUUGUAUGAAAACAAAUAAGUUACUGUCUGAUAUUAAUUUUUUAUAUUAUUGCAAAAUAUAUUUAUCGAUACUAGCCAAUAGUGGGAGUUUACCAAUAGAUACCAGGCCACUUGUAGAGACUGUAGAUAAUAUUGAAGAUAAAUAUAGUUUAUACGCAGAAUACUUUGCUUUUCAAAUUACUGGUGCCGCUACUGAUUUUCAAUAUCAAGUUGCUUUAUUAUGUGACAAAUGUAUUGCAUCAAGUGAACCUGAUCAAAUUAUACAAUCAUUUUUAAAUAUUAGUGAUACGAUUCAAAUCUAUAGACCAGUUCGAGGAUAUUCAUGGAUAACAGAUAUAUUUACUUUUAAAUUAAAUAAUAAUAAUGAUAUACCAAUAGCAUUGUUCAACUGUCUAGAGAGUGUUCAUACAAAAAUAGCGUAUUUAGCUGAUAGCAUUGCUGAAAAUUUUCUUAAGAAAGGAUAUUUCAAUAAAAAUCCAGAAUUGAUUCCAUUAGUUGUAUUAUUACAUUUUGGAAUUCUUUCAAAAGAAUAUGAUAGAUUUGGAAUUUAUAAAAAAUUACUACCUGAAUUAGUAGAAAAAUCAAAUGUGAAAGAAUUUUUAUUGGAACGAAUUCAAUCUAUGUGUGAUCCUUAUUAUAAAUCAAGAGCAUUGAUUCAAUUAGCUGAAUUUUAUGAUGAAAAAAGUUUUGAAUUGUUAAAUGAAUCUUUUAUGUUAACAAAAAACAUUCAAGAAUCAACUUUAAAGUUUCAAGUAUUAGAAAGGAUUUUUACUAUUGUUCAUUAUAAGGAAGUAGAUCGCAAAGUCUUCAUACAAAAGAUUAUUGACGAGUUAAUUUUAAUAUUUGAUGAUAUUGAUGGUCUUCAUAAUCGAAUUAUUGCAUCGAUAAGAUUAUCAUUUUAUGGAUCAGGUGAAUUUCGAAAAAAGUAUUUAACUAUUGCAAUAGAAACACUUAGCCGAAUGGAGGAAGAUAACGAAAAAAUCCAAUUAAUCAUUAAACUGAAACCAAUAAUUAGUAUUUAUGAUGAUCUUUUAAACAAGCUAAACGGAAUCAUAGAAAUGCUCAAGAAUAAAAUGCAUUAUUAUUUUGUCAAUUCUCAUUAUGGAAGAAUAUUAUUUAAUAAAACAUUCCAAUUUCCUGAAUCAAACUUAAAUAGAAAUAUAAAUCAAAAUUUAGAAAAUGAGAAUACUAACAAACAAAUUGCUGAUCGUGUAAAUAAUACAGAGCUUCAAUCUUUAUUUGUAUUGUUUUCACAAUUGAAUGAUAUAAAAUUAGUUAUUAAUAAAACUGAUAGCAUAGAUCAAUUAUGGAUUUAUCUUUUUAAUAAUACUGAUAAUCAGUCAAAUAUAGAAAAGAUAUUAAACAUUGGUUUACAUGAUGAAAUAUUUUUAACACCACAAAUAGCUAUUAUUAUUGAUGAAUUAAUGCAAAAAGGAAAAGAAAAUGAUAUAUCAAUGCUUUUCCCCUAUAUUAUAAAACCGUCCAAUGAAGUAUUACCGAUUGUUCAGAGAUGGUUUACUCAAUAUGAUAAUAGCCAUCAAAUUAAAAAACUAUCAGCUCUUUUACUAGCAGAAAUAAAACAUAUUUUUGAGCCAGCAGUUGAUAUAAUUAUAGAUUUACUAGAAAACGAUAAUGAUCAAAUGAGAUAUAGAGCUCAAAGAAUAUUUCAACACCCAGAAAGAGAUGUUAGGGAACCAAGUAAGAGAUUAUCUGUAUUUGGAGAAAAAACAAUGAUGAAAAUCCUUGAACAUACUUUGGUAAAAGAGCAUCUUCCAAGAGUUCGUGCUUAUUUCCAUUCAUUUUUCUAUGAUUUUCUAUGGGAUGAUCCUACAAGUUUUCACAAUUUAUGUCAAAACGUACAUCAAUUACAAGAAAGAAACUCGAUUAGUGGAAGAAGAAUCCAAUUUCUCGAUAAACUUUACUUCAUAAAUAAUCAUACUUGGAAUUCAAUAAUACAAAAUUUAAAAUCAUCUUCACAUUCAUGCUAUAUAGAAAGAGUACUCCAUUCUGCGAUGAAUUUAUCAAGAUUUUCUCAGAUUACAGAAGAUGAUUGGAUUGAAUUUACAAGAUUACUAGCAGCGACAGAUACACGUCAAUUUCGUCAACAUGUAUACUUUUCACGUACAGAUAUAGAACUGAUACAACUAAUUCUUAAUGAAGUUUCUGCUUCAACAAUCAUAACUGAUAAAAGAUAUUUUGAACAUCUUGAAUCGAUUUUAAUCAUUCAGACGACAGUUAAAGUUGAAGAUCUUUCACAACAAAGUUACGAGCAAAUCAAACAUAUCAGUCGUUGUAAUUUUACUGUUUCAAAUGAUGUUAACAAAACAAUCUUAAAUUUAUUGAGUAAUUUUUCGAUAAAUAUAAUUUUGAUGGAAAAUUUAAUUCAUUGGUUAAUACUCAAAAUGAUAAAUUUUAAUGAUAUUAAUGAUACUAUAUUUGAAUUGAUCCUAUCUGAAACUUUAUUAUCGUUGGUUUCUGCUUGUGUGCAAAAAGAAGAUUAUUUAUACAGAAAAAUAACAAAUGCUUCAAAUUUUAAUAAAGGUCAAAUGAUUCAAUUGUUGGUGAAAAUGCUUAAUUAUCAUCCAUAUUUUCCAGCACGAGGUAAUGCUUUUGUAUUACUUUCAGCAAUGGAACAGUCUGAUCGCCAAGUAAUUAUCAAUGCUAUGAACACAUUAUUUGAUGAAAAUGUUGUGAAAGAAUAUUCGAUCAUUGGAGUUCCUCUCAUUCGUUUAACACCCGAUGAAUUGAUUGAUGAUUUAAUGGUAUAUUUAAAAAGUGAAAGUGCCGUAAAAGUUUAUGAAGUAUUAAAAAUUUUAACAGAAUUCGCUUUAAAUGAAAAAAUAGAUGCGUACAAUAAAUCAAAAAUUAUGAAUUAUUUAGCUCAUGAAAUUACACAAUUUAAAUCGAAGAAACUUGUUAAUUAUUACUACACCGAUAUUAAGAUUCCUUUCACAACAACAUUAGAACAUGAAUACUAUAAAGCAUGGAUUAAAAUACAAGGACUCUCUGGUAAAACACAGUAUUCAAUCAACAUUGAAAAAAACAAAUCAAUAACAUAA